CAGGGUGGCAACAUUUAGUCGGCCGCCAUUUCAGUUUGAAUUUACCGAAAUUUGAGUCUGGCGUCAUCACAUUCACUUCAUUCAGUACUUAAUUUCGUGCAGCGAUGCACUCUAAAUAAAUUGCAUUCCCAAUUCCCAGUCACAACCCGUCCAUUUACCAGCCUCCUUGAGAUCAGAGUCAAGUUUCUCACGCGCACAGUGGGCGAUUCGCCAGCCAGACAUGCUGAACUGAACAAAUAGAGAUUGAAAUAGCCCCGAAAAAAACCGAGAAAACCGAGAAAUCCAGACAAUGAACACCCCGAGCGCCGUGGCGGUGAAGGCCCAGAUCCUGGAGAUGACGGGCGAGCACGUGGACCAGCUGCACGCGAUGUGGUCGCACUUGUUCGAGCCGAAGACCUGCGGCGAGUUCCUCCACCGGCUGAAGGAUCAUGUCCACAGUUUCUUCACGGAUCUCUUGAACGAAUCCGGUGAGAAGCAGCAGGUGAUCCUGGGCGACAUAGAAGCCCUGCGCGCCGAGGCCACCGAUCUAACGCGGCUGCUCCACGAACCCGUCGAACUGGGCGAGCGUCCCGACGACAUGCCGCUGGUCAUCUACCAACUGAAACUGGACAAGAGCAUCGAGCAUCUGCGCGAGGAGCUGGCCAGCCGGCGGGCGGAGAUCUGCGAGCUGCUCCUCCAGCAGGAGCAGCUCUGCGAGGAGCUGGGCGAGCUGCCGCAGCCGCUGCUAGCCGAUCCGCUCCCGCUGCCCGAGGAGAUGGACGCCUUCCGGCAGCGCCUGGAGCAGCUGGGCAGUCAACGCAAGCUGCGCCUGCUGGAAAUGGACGCGCUGCGCCAGAGCAUCAAGCAGGACAUGAAGCUGCUCGAGUGCCUGCCGCAGACGGAGGCCGAGGAGCGGCUGCUCAACCAGGUGGACCACUGCCUCACGCCGGAGGCCUUCCAGCGGCUGCGCCACAUGCAGCAGUCCUUUGCCGACCAGGUGAAGGAGCUGCGCGAGCGCAUCGACGAAAUGCGCGACAAGAUCGGCGUCCUCUGGGAGAGACUGCAGGAGACGGACGAGUACGCCAAGCGUCGCGUGAGGGAAUCCACCUCGUACACGCAACGCACCUACGACAUUCUGCGCGAGGAGCUGCAGCGAUGCCAGGCGCUGCGGCGCCAGAACCUCAAGACCUUCAUCGAGCAGCUGCGCCUGGAGAUUAAGGAGUGGUGGGACCUCACCCUGAAAAGCCAGCAGGAGCGCAAGCGGUUCUCCAACUACUACAACGACUGGUACAACGAGGACCUGCUGGAGCUGCACGAACUGGAGCUGGACGACCUGAAGACGUUCUACAACCGCAACAAGGACAUCUUCGAUCUGUACGAGAGUCGCGCGGAGCUGUGGGCGCGCAUGGAGGCGCUGGAGGCCAAGGCCAGCGAGCCAAAUAGGUUUAAUAACCGCGGCGGGCAGCUGCUCAAAGAGGAGAAGGAGCGCAAGGCCAUCACCUCGAAGCUGCCCAAGAUCGAGCAGCAGAUCACCGAGCUGGUGCAGGCGUAUGAGUCGCAGGAGAACACCCCGUUCCUGGUGCAUGGCGAGAACAUUCUGGACCGGAUGGCCGCCGACUGGGAGCGGCAUCGCCAGGCCAAGCAGCAGAGUUCGGCGCGCAAGAAGGCGCCCGCCUCGGCCAGCAAGUUAAUGGGACCACCAGCGACGGCUCCUCGCACGCCGCGCACUCUACGCAACAUGUCCACCUUCUCCAGCUCCACAAUGUCGCUGAGGAAGACACCCUCGCAGCAGCAUCUGCGUCCGCUGAACGUCACCAAGAGCACGGGCAAUCUGCACAAGCGCCUGAAUCCCGGGGGAUUGCAAAGCCAAGGACCCAAGACGCCGACGGCCAAGCGCAGCCUGAUGAACGCCCUCAACUCGAUGAAGGCCUCGCCGGCGGCGCAGCACCACCUAAAAACCACCAAGUCGCCGCUGAAGCGAGUGCGCGUCCUGGACAACACGCUGCGUCGCAGCGGCGGAAUGGGCCGACGGAGCUUGGGAACGCGCUCCAGCAAGAAGCCGCGCACGAAGAGCUCGGAGCAGGAGGCGCCCAACGACACGGACUACACGACGGACGAGAAUGCCGGCGAGCAGGGAGUGAGCUACGAUGAAUUUCAGCCCAGCAGCCGCUCCUCCAUGCUGCCUCGCAGGGGAAACCAACUGGCCGUUCCUCGAAAGCGGCGUCCGGAUGUGGUGAAUACGAAUCUACCGGUUCCCCGGGAGAGCCUCAUGGUCGUUCAGCCGCGCAGGCAGUUCUAGUUCCCCUACGGAUCAACUGAAAUUAACACGUACCUACUAUCUACUUACUUAACAGUUGGCGUUGCUUAAUGUAUUUCACUUUAUUUUCUGUUUUACGUUUCCAUAAUAAAAAUUAUGUGCGUUUUUUCUUAACCACAAGAUUA